UAAAACGCAUUUUCUUCACGAGCUUCAUUUAAGAAAAAAGGAAUGAGAGAGAAAAUUUCGUUUUCUGCAUCUUCACUAAGCGCCCUCGAUAAACGCUUCCCGUUUGUAUUCUUGCUGCCUUUUUUUCUCCCCAUCAUCCCUCCCCCCUAGAGCGAGAGUCUCCCUGGCUGUGUUGUAGGCGCGCGUUAUAAAGCGGGAAGCCUCUCCAUUCCCUUCACAUUGGAGCGCUCCGACCGAUGCGCGCCAACUGUCAGACAAUCAGGAACUGAACCUGAUCACCGCUAUGAUCUUGCUGCUCCAUCUACCUGGAUUAACUCUCAGCUAACCUUUGCUUGUCGCCCCACCGCCUCUAACGUCGCCCCAAACCGCAGCAGCUGCACCAGCCUCCCCGGCUCCUCCGUCCUGUCACCGGUCUUCAACUCUCAGCCUUGCUCUGCGGUCAUGGGGUGCACUGUUUUCUUGUUGCUUGGGCAGCUCAGGGUCUUGACCGUGCUGUGAGACGGAUACCAGGUGGAUUUAUGAUCGUCAAAGCCGCAAAUACCAGCUAAGGGAAAUUAGUGGAAGUUUGAGCUCCGGGAGGAUGCAGGUGACGUCUUGGUGCGCCGUGUUUCUCUUGACGCCUGCACUUUGCCUGGUUACAAGGGUUCAUGCUUCCAAGUCAGACAUUGUGAAGUCAGGAAGCCCAAAAUCCACGCUAAAGCACAUAUGGACAGAAAGCAGUAAGGAGAUGUCCAUCAGUAGGCUGCUGUCACAGACUCUACAUGGCAAAGAGAACAGCACAGCCUUGGACCUUCGUUAUGACACUCCAGAGCCCUACUCAGAGCAGGACCUGUGGGACUGGCUGAGAAACUCCACAGACUUGCAGGACUCACGGCCACGGGCUAAAAGACGGCCCAUGGUCAAGACAGGGAAGUUCAAGAAGAUGUUUGGUUGGGGGGACUUCCAUUCCAACAUCAAGACGGUCAAACUCAACCUGCUGAUCACUGGUAAAAUCGUGGAUCAUGGCAAUGGCACCUUCAGUGUAUACUUUCGCCACAACUCUACAGGCCAGGGCAACGUAUCUGUCAGCUUGGUCCCUCCAACCAAGAUAGUAGAGUUUGAUGUGGCAGCGCAGCAGUCCGUCAUUGAUGCCAAGGACUCAAAGUCUUUCAACUGUCGCAUAGAGUAUGAGAAGGUGGAGAAGGGUGCCAAGAACACACUCUGCAAUUUUGAUCCAUCCAAGACCUGCUACCAGGAGCAAACCCAGAGCCAUGUCUCCUGGCUCUGCUCCAAACCUUUCAAAGUCAUCUGCAUCUUCAUUUCCUUCUACAGCACUGACUACAAACUGGUGCAGAAAGUGUGCCCGGACUACAAUUACCACAGUGACACUCCCUACUUCCCCUCUGGCUGAUAUGCCCCUACACCUACUGACAGCAUAGUGGAUGAGUGGAGCACAGACUGGGUGUUCUACCCAUCCCUUGAGAAAUGUGUAUAUUAGCCGUACUGUUCCUUAACAUGUUCAUACCAGAGAAUUAGCCAUCCCAAAUGAUUUACCUAUUCAAUGUUCUGAGUUUUGCAGUGAGAGCAGAUACUUUUAACUGUUACAAAAUGUGGUAUAUAGAAUUGUAAUAUGCUUCAAAAUACCUGCAAAUCUCUGUGAUUAUUAUGAUUAUUAUGAGUUAGAAUUUUGUCAUUAAAUUAAGUUUUGUCCCUGUUGACCCAUGUUUAGAAAGAUGGGGCUUAUCGGUCCUUUGAGCUUGUACCCGUCACUAUUAAAACCUUCUUUGUUUACUUUAUAUUUACUUUACACUCCUAGUCCAACUAGAUAUUAAUAACUUUCUUUUAGAAUGUAUUUCAAAUACAAUAUAUUAACUUCCUAGACAACAACAUACGGACAGUUUGCCCCUGCUGUGCUAUUUACGGUCUCUAGUUCAUCUUGCAUAACUGGAAAACAAAAUGUGUCCUCAUUAAAAAGAAAAAAAAAAUGUUUUUACAGAACCUGCAAAGCAGCUGAAGAAGAGAGUGAAGAUAAAAUUUGAGUUUGAUGCUUUUAGAAAUGUGGGGUGGUCUUCUCGACUUAGGUUAUAGCUGGGACGGACCAGGCUUCUCCCUUUCAAUAAGGUGAGAAAAUGUGUUAACCUGCUCAGAUACUGUAACACUGUCAGUCCUCAACUGUCAUCAGUGUUCUUUUUCGUGCAGCCAGAUGCUGAGUCAGUUGAGUGAUCAUCAUUCUGAGCUCACCAAAUGUUGGAUUUCCUGAUUGAUUGAUCAGUGGGUUGUUUGUGGGGGAUGGGGCUUGCUCAUUGUCACUUAAUAUGUGAAAUGUAAUGUAUUGAAUUCUAUAUCUUAGAGCUUAAUUUGUAUGAAUGGUUUGUAUCGUACAUAGUUUAUCCCAAUUACACUGCUUCUGUACAUGCCCCCCCAUUAGCUGUGUGUUUACCCACCCUCCUGCUAAGUCUUGUUCACUCCAUUUAUGCUUGUUCUUGGUUCCUCUAACAAAGAAAAUGAUGUUGCUGUCCUAGAUGUGAAUUUCAUGAAAACAGCAAUCCUGUACAGAAGCUGUAAAACUGACUAAAUAUAUUAAAAGUAUCAAUGGAAGUUUUCUUUAUGGGCUUGGGGGGGUGGAUGGAGGGGUAUGAAUUAAAGAAAUCAGAAAAUUUUAUCAAUUGAA